AUUCUUUAAUAUCGCUCUCUGUGUUACUUUUAAAAAACCCAUUAUGCCAGUCAGAAAACGUAAAACAGCUAAUAACGAUGAAAAAGAUGCAGCUGACACACAAACUGAGAAUAAACCUAAAGCAAAUCAACAAAAAAAAGUAUCAGUAUUUGGCUCUUGCUUUAGAGUUUUUAAAUAUAUUAUUAUUGUUUUGCUUAUUCCACCCUUCCUUAACUAUGCCGCUCUACAACAUGAAAUUAGAUUUGUUAAGCUACCAGGUAUCCAGUAUGAUAUAGGGCGAGGCCAAAAGUUGCAUCUCUACUGCAGAGGAAAAGGUUCUCCAACAGUUAUAUUAGAAGCUCCAGCAGCAACAUCUAGUGAUAUUUGGCACAGUAUACAAAGGGAAAUUUCAAAAGUUACCACAGUUUGUUCGUACGAUAGGGCAGGAUUAGGAUUUAGCGAGCGACCUUACUCGACUAUCAAUAUGACCGAUGAGAAAAAAGAAUGGAAGAGAGAUGAACAAUUUACAGUAGAAAGAAUGGCGUUAGAUUUACAUCAACUUAUAACUGGAAGUAGUCAACAACCGAAGCCUUUUGUUUUAGUAGGAGCUGGUCUAGGGGCCUCCAUUUCCAGAUUUUAUGCUCAAAUGUUUGAAGAGGAAGUAGCGGCGCUGUUAUUAAUUUCACCUCUAAGCGAGGAGUUGGUCAAUGAAAAAUCUUGGAAUGACUAUUGGGUUACAAAAGUUUUAUUUAAACAAAGAAUGAAGCAGUUAUCUGCUGCUUCAGGGUUAACAAGAUUAGGAUUACUUUUGAAUUUGAUAAAAUUACCAGAAAUUCCGGCUAAUAUAGAUAUGGAAAGAAGAUAUAAACAUCUUUUAUGUCAACCACGUCAUUUAGCUUCGGGAUCUGAUGAAAUAGCUAACUUUAAUACUUCAAUGAGUCAAAUUGAUUCUGUGUUCAAAAUUAAACCUUUUUCAAGCAAGAUUAUGGUAACUUUACUAGACGGUGAACCUUUUGACGGGGAAUUACAUAAGAUACAAAAGAAAUGCGUAGAAAAAUUGACUCUACGUCAUAGGAACUCGACACUUGUUCCAGUUAAAACGAAUGACGUAAUUGGUAAUAGCCCUGGACUGAUAGUUAAACACGUAAAUAAUGCUGUGGAAUACACAAAGAAGACAAAAACUGUUAGCUCAACAAAUUUUGUUAAGUCUUAA